CACAAAGGUUCAGCUCCUUCCUGCUGUGUGCUGGAUACAGGAUGGGAGGGAGGGACGGAGAGAGAGAGAGAGAGACAGAGAGGAUCAGGCACAGAUGAAUUGUAGUCUGAGUGACGGAAGCAGUGUGGGCACAUGUGAGUGAGAGAGGACGAAUCAGGAAGUAGAGAGACCUGCGCGCGUGUGUGUGUGCGCGAGAGAGAGAGACAGACAGAGUGUAAAUCCACAGAAAGAGGAAGACGACAUAAAGAAAGGAAGAAAAAGGGCUGCAGGAGGAAGCAGACAAGACAAGGGGACUCAGACUGAGAGGGAAGAUGGCUGAGCCGGAACUGAAAUCUAGAGGCAGCCGAGAGAGCAUCGCUAAGGAGAAGAUGGGGGCGACUGGAGCAGACCCUGAGCAAGAUGGUCUCAUUGUGGAGCAGCCAGCAUCUCCAUCUGACCCCGUGGGUUCUCCGCCUGCUGCCACAGGUUCCACCAACAGCCUGCCAGGCAAGGGGGAGAAGAUUGAACUCAAACGUAGCAUCACCCUCUUCAACGGUGUCGGAAUGAUUAUCGGCACCAUCAUUGGCUCGGGCAUUUUCGUCACUCCCACAGGUGUUGUCAAAGAGACCGGCUCUGCCGGGCUCUCUCUGAUCGUUUGGUCCACCUGUGGAGUGAUAUCCACCAUGGGUGCUCUGUGCUACGCAGAGCUGGGCACAACUAUUGCCAAGUCAGGAGGAGACUACACUUACAUCCUUGAGGUAUACGGCGAACUGGCUGCCUUUCUGAAGCUGUGGGUGGAGAUGCUCAUCAUCCGGCCAUCGUCGCAGUAUGUGGUGUCGCUGGUGUUUGCGACCUACCUUCUGAAACCUCUCUACCCCAACUGCGUUGUGCCUGACAGCGCAGCCAAGCUCAUUGCCUGCCUGUGUCUUACCUCCCUGACAUUUGUAAACUGUAUCAGUGUGAAAGCAGCAACCAAGGUCCAGGACUUGUUCACCGCUUCCAAAUUGAUAGCCUUGAUCAUCAUCAUCCUCUUUGGCUUCAUUCAGAUUUCCACAGGUGAUGUGCCAUAUCUGACCCCAGAAAAGGCGUUUGAAGGGAGCAAACUGGGAGUUGGGAAUAUUGUCCUGGCUCUGUACAGCGGUCUCUUUGCUUUUGGAGGCUGGAAUUACCUAAAUUAUGUAACGGAGGAGAUGAUCAACCCAGAGAGGAACCUGCCCUUGUCCAUCAUCAUAUCCAUGCCUAUAGUCACGGUGGUGUACGUCCUAACCAACCUGGCCUACUUCACCACCAUCUCUCCUCAAGUCAUGAUUGAGUCCGAGGCUGUUGCUGUGAGUUUUGGAGAGUACCAUCUUGGUGUGAUGUCCUGGCUCAUUCCCGUCUUUGUGGGACUGUCCUGCUUUGGUGCAGUCAAUGGAUCACUCUUUACUUCAGCGCGUUUGUUCUAUGCUGGAGCUCGAGAGGGUCAACUCCCUGCUGCUCUGGGAUUGGUCCACACAGACCUGUUCACACCAGUGCCAUCCCUCAUAUUCACAUGUUUCCUAUCGAUGAUGUAUGCCAUCUCCCAGGACAUCUUCUCUGUCAUCAAUCUCUUCAGCUUCUUCACCUGGAUGUGUGUUGGGAUGGCCAUUGCUGGCAUGAUCUGGCUGCGCUUUACCAAACCCGACCUCAGAAGGCCCAUUAAGAUUUCUCUCUUCAUCCCCGUUACUUUUGUGUUGAGCUGCGUCUUCAUGAUCGUCGUGUCCUUUUGGGCAGCUCCCUUCGAGUGUCUGCUAGGCAGCGGCAUUAUUCUCACAGGCGUCCCAGCGUACCUACUGGGCUACAAGUGGAAAAAACCCCAUGUGGUCAAGAAGAUGCUGGAAAUCUUCACCAUGUUCUGUCAGAAGAUCUUCAUGUCUGUUCCUGAAGAGAAGGAGCAACAUGAGGCGGCUGAAUAAUGCUGGACAGACUGAGCAAGAUGAAAGACUGGGUCAAUAUUUUUGUCUGGACAUUCCUGUAAUGUUUACAUUCAUCCACAUGUGAUUGGACUUUUUUUGUUUUAACUUUAUCUGACCAGGCAGGUAAUUGUGAACAUAUUCAAUAUUUGCAAGAGUGGCCUGACAAAUGAAGGAUUUGUGUAAUGAAUAUUUUAUGAAUACUGCAACUUUUCUGCAAAGAAGAUCACCGGGCAUUUUACGCUCCUCAUUAUGAAUUGAUUUUAGUAUUUCAGUGUAUUUCCUUAAAUGAUUAAACAUGCUCUGAUGUUCCAUGUUAGUUAAUGGAACGCCAUCUGUAAGUGUAUAACUGCUGCAGGCAUAUAAUUACUUGUGUACUGCAAGUACACAAUCAGGAGCUGCAGUGGCCUAUGACAUAAGGGUUUAUUUUUCUCCUGAAGUGUGCAAAUGAAUAGCUUAGUUGGGAAAAUAUAUGUUUAAUACCACUAACAACCAAACUAAACAUAGUAUAUUAUAGUUUACAGUUUAUAUUUAUAGUUGAUAUUGUGUUAAAAUAAAGGAUUUUGCUAUAGUUGCUGUAAUCACGUCACUUAGAGUUUAUAACUGAGGUCAGAUUUGGAAGAGGUUACCUAACAAAGCACUUACUACAUUUUCUCAUAUUGUACUAAUGUUUGUGUUAAAUAGUAAUUCAUUCUCACAUUUUACUUGAUAUUGUUUUUUAUUUAUUGGUAAGAUGAACUUGUAGCGCUGUCGUAAAGCACAAGCUAAAGCGAGAUGAAAGAGUGUCUGUGAUGUCUGCUCGAGCUGCACUGUGAAGUCGGUCUGUUUCUUGUAUCAUUUCAUUCUGAUAUUAAACCUCAUCGGCGCCACGUGUGACGAUACUUGAUGAAAACGA